CAUUAUUCGAUAAGUGAGUCAACUGGAACUGGAAGUCCGAUUGCUUUGAUUUCUGCUUUUAUUAAAUGUUUCGAUUCGAUGCACUUUUGGGUUGAGGAUCCAAUGUCUAAUUCGCGAGAAUUGCAGCAGUUAAGAAAUCUUAGUGAUGGAAGAAUGUCAGGAAGAAAACAUAGACGUGAUAAAAGUGAAAUUAGUUGUUGCCUAAAAUAUUUAAUUUUUGGUUUCAACGUAAUAUUUUGGCUGCUAGGGUUGUGCAUCUUUGUUGUUGGAAUAUGGGCAUGGACAGAGAAAGAUAUUUUCAACAAUCUCAGUAGAUUGACAAACAUUACCUUAGAUCCAGCAUUUGUGUUCAUUGUGUGUGGAGUCAUUACGUUUACUAUAGGAUUUACGGGUUGUGUUGGAGCUCUACGAGAAAACACUUGCCUCCUUGCCUCAUAUGCCAUAUUUUUAGCCAUAUUACUUCUUUUGGAAAUGACUGCUGGUACUCUCGGAUUUAUUUUCAAAGACUGGAUCAAAAAUCAAGCUACAAAUGGCUUCCAAGCUUUUAUUGUACAUUACAGAGAAGAUCCAGAUCGACAAAAUUUAAUUGAUUGGAUUCAAGAACAAUGGUUGGAGUGUUGUGGUAUUGAAGGCCCCAAAGAUUGGGAUAUGAAUGUCUACUUCAAUUGUUCGAGUAUUGAUGUGGGUAGCAGAGAAGCAUGUGGAGUACCAUUUUCUUGCUGCAAGCCACAACCAAAUGAAGUUAUUAAAAACAAGCAAUGUGGUUAUGAUGUAAGAAAACAAGAUUAUACUGGUGAUAAGUCUACUGUAAUUUAUGAGAAAGGCUGCUUACGUGCUGGCGAAGAAUGGAUAGAAGCUAACCUUGUGCCGGUGGCGGGAGUUUCUGUUGGUGUUGCUGUAUUACAGGAACGGGACAGAUCUCGUGUGAUAUUUGAAAAGGGUUGCUUAAGAGCAGGCGAGGACUGGGCCGAAAAGAAUCUUUUACCAUUAGCUGGAUUUGUUUUAGCUGUUGCCUUUGCUCAGAUCCUUGGUAUUUGCUUUGCUCAAAAUCUUAGAGCUGACAUAUUUGCUCAGAAAGCAAAGUGGCACUGACAAAUAAUGUCAGCUAGGUCUCACCACCUUUGCUGACAGUAAACGAUCAAGUAACCAAUCGUAUUUUGAACUUUUUUUUAAGAAGAGAAACAAUAAAUAUCCAAGCCUAGGACUAUGAAAAUGUGCAACUUAGAGGUUUGGAUAUUUUUACACACAAUUUGACCAUUUCUGUGGCAAUUUUUAAUACACUUGCAACUGUUAUGUGCUUGUGUAAGCAUAAUGUGUACACAAUUACUCUAUCAAACUUUUGUUACAAAUCAUACUUUGUCUGGCUAUUCAAACUUUUGCCAGCCUCAUCCUAGUGAGUGCAUUUUGUUUCUAGACGUUAGUAUUUACAAUUAGAAUUUUUCUGUAUUUAGUACAAUUGUAAUAUCAUACUCCAGCAAUCUUGAAAUCACUUAGUAUUUGUAUCUUUGACAAAAAUAUGUUGAGGAAUUCACUGAACAUAUUGGGCACUUAGUUGUUACUACUUAAUUGUUUAGGUUAUUUUAUUUUUCUGUAUGUGUGUGGAUGGUACGCUUUUUAUUAGUCUGUAAAAUUGAAAUAGCAAAUUCAUUUUAGAAUUUUACGUUUUUCAUAAUACCAAAAGACUUAAUGCAAUUUUCUUCUAAUAGCAUGCAAAUAAAUAAAACUAAAUUCAUCAGUCCAUAUAAAAGCGUUAUACAUUUGAUAUAAUAUCUACAUGUUUUGAUGAUUUGCAAUUCCUUUCUAAAGACUAUGAAACUGGCAGAAUUUAACCUUGGAUCAAAUGCAGAAACGUUUUUAAAAAAUCUUUUUACAGACCUUAUGAGUAUUUCAUAUAUUUGAACCCUUGGUUUACUGUUAAUAUAAAGCAGUAGUAGCUGGUGGACAUGGCAGUACCCAAAAGUGACUAAAAACUAUCAGUGAGAUGAAAUAAUGCUUAGGAUUUACCUUAUCGUUUGAUUAAGUCCAUAUCGUUGAAUGCACUUCCUUAGAGGACACUUUUCUUAAAGAGGUUCACAUGUUUUCAGAGAACAUAAAUUCCAUGAUUUUGGUGUUCCAUAUAUUUUUCUAUCAUCAAACUUUGUUUACAAGACUGAUUUAUGCCUGGUGGAGUUUUAGUUAUGUACACUUGAGUCGAUUCUUGCUUUUAUGUUAUUAUACUCUUUAUUGUUCACCGUAAUUCAGCUGGUAUGUUACAUUCCUCAGUGCUUACCUUUAUGCUUAUUAGGCUUAUUACUAUGAUAUAUAUUGUGGGAAAUAAGAAGUCAAGUUACAAUCAUGUCAUGUUGAAAAGAAUAUUAGGUCUAGAAAAUUUUCAUCAUUUUCUGCAUUUGGCACUAGAUUUAUUUCUGCUGUAUUUAUAAGUCUUUUAUAGCCUUCUGAAUUUAAAAAGAGAAUUUUGAAUUGCUUUGUAGGUAAAAUAUUUUAUUUCAAAGAUAGUAAGAGUUAAUUAAAUAAAAGAUAUUUUAUAGGAUUAUGAUACUUUUAAUAAAUUUGCUCAAUUUUCUAUUGUCUUUUUUUUCCUUUCAACCGCAAGUAAAGACAGUGCAGAAAAAUUAUCUCUAGCAUUAUUUAUAGAACAAGGGAUGGUAAAAAUUUAUUGUGGUCUUUAUAGAAUCAAAAAAUAUAUUUUACUAUGUUCUUGAUAUUAGCUAUGUGCUUUGUCAUUUUAUUUUUUUGUUUAUAGAAGAAAUUUUUCAAAAAAAUAAUGAGUGCUAAGUCAAAAUUUUAAAUGAGUGCUUAAGUUUUCUUAUUUAUUCACUUGUAAAUAAGAUUUAUUUUUAAAAAUCAUUCUAAUGUAAUUAAAUAUUCCAAAAAAUUUAAAGUUAUAAAAAAAAAAACAAUAGUUUAUUGCAUUUAAGAAAUAUUGAGUAUGAAUUAACAGAAGCUCUUAUGUAAACCUAAAUAUAAUAAAAGAUUAAAAAAAAAGUUUUCUGAUAACAAAAAAUAUUGAUUGAUUGAUUGGUAGAAUGUAAGACAAGAAAUGAACUCUCGUCAACUUUUAUCUCUUUUUAUCAUAUCUUUUUUCUAAAUUUUCUAUAUUUUUAGUAAUAAAAUUUAAAUUACAUUUUAUAAUAACUAAUCAUUUCAAUUAUUUAGGAUUUCAUAUUUUAUAGUUAUUAAUAAUUAUUUGUCAGAUACUUGGUCAACGUGUUCUAAAAUUGUUUUUGUUUGUUUUUUUCUUGUAAAAAUUUGAAGUUUUCCCCUAAAUUUAUAUUAUUAAUUGAAAUAAAUUAAUUAUUAAUUUUACAAACUAAAAUGUUUGUUUAAUCUAAAUAAGUUUUCUUUGCUUUGCUGUACUAGGCUGAGAAGGAAUCUCUUUAAACUAUAUUAUAAAUUGUGAACAGAAUGAACUCUUUGGAUUAAAAAUGAAAUAUCAUUCCCGCUAUUAUACAGAUGCAAAAAAAUAGAUAUUAUAUUACUUCAAUUAUAUAGAUAUAUUAUAUUAAUGCUUAGUUAAUUAUGUCUUUGGCAUUUUUAAUUUAAAUUGUAGAAAAUCUGUAUAUCUAAAAGUCACACCAGUUCCCCUAUUAUGUAAUAAUAUUUUUAAUAACAGAAUAUAAAUAAGAUUUCAUGUUCUUAAAUUUCUAAUAAUAAUUAAAAAAUAGUUAUUUCAAGAGCUUUAUGGUUUUAAUUAUAUAAUAGGAUUUUAUAGUAGCAAAAAUUUAUUACACGAGUUUAAAUUAAACUAUAUAACCCUUUUAACUUUCAAUUUUAAACUCAGUUUAAAUUUACAAACAAUUUUUUUUUCACUGAAAGCCAGCUUUUCUCAUGUUAUUCUUUUAAGAACUUUAACUAGAAUGUAUUUGAAUAGAUUGAUAUAGUUAGUUUUUUUUUUUUUUUUUAAAUUGAUGCUAAUAUCAAUAUUAGGCAACUUUUUUACAAACAGUUUUUUUAAUCAAAAAUUUUCAUAUUCAGAUGACAUUACCCCGUAUUGUGAAAUGUUUUAUUUGUUUCGUAUAUUUAAAUCUCUUGCCAUUUGCUUUUCCUUCAUACACUGCCGUUUUUAGAAUUAGAUUUACUACUUAGUGUAACAAAUGGAAAAAAAAGUUGCACUAAAAUUUGAAGAAGAAGAAAAAACUGUUAUAAGCCUAUUUAUAUAUAAUUGAUUUUUCUGUAAGAACUUUUUUUUGUGUGUGCUAUUUCAAUAUCUAGUCGUGGUUGCUAGUUUAUUUAUUUUAAAAAAACUCAUUUAAAAGAUUUUUAACUAACAUUUUAUUCUUCCAUUUAUUUUAACUACUUUUGUGCUUUAGAGAAAUGUUUUUUGUAGACUGAAAUUUGCAUUUUGUUAUUCAAUGGUUUAUUUUUGCCAAGUUUUAUGGUAUAUAUUUAUAAUGUGCUCAUUGGAACAAUAAUUGUAUUCCUUUAUACAAAUACUGUUUAUUAUUUAUUUUUUUAUAUAUUGUGCUGUUUUUUGUUUCUUUUUUAGAAUGCUCAUUAUAAGAGUAUAUUUUUUUUUAUUAGUUUUAUAGGCUAUUUCAAAGUAUAAUAGUUAUGUAAAUAUGUGAAUAUAAAUAUAUAUAAAUGGUUGAAAAGUUACAUUAAUAUGCAUAAGUGCAAUUUAUUACCACCAUUUAUUAUCACCAUUUUUGCUUUUUAUAGCUUGCACAGCUGAAAAAGAUAGGUCUCAGUAAUUAUCUAACAAUGUAUGUUUUAUACAAAACUAGCACAAUUGUAUGUACAUAUAUAUUUAUUGGAACUACUUUAUAGUAUGUUGAAAGAAAUGAAGAUGUGCAUUUGUUGUUGUUUACUGUCCAGUGUUUAAAAA